AUGUCAUCUUCUUCAUCUUCUGAAGAAUUUCAGACUAUUUUUGAUACCGCUAUUGCGUGUGUUCAAAUGGCGGAACAAACAUACAACGUUGUAUGUAACAACGCAGCUGCAAGUUCUCAACAGAGAACACGAAAAUAUAUUUACACAAAUCGUGAAGAAGCCAACCAACGUUUGGUGCAAGACUAUUUUGCAGAGAAUGUCACUUACCAAGUGUAUUAUUUUUGUAGGCGCUUCAGAAUGUUCAAAGAUUUGUUCGAAUAUAUAGUUGAAGAUGUAACGAGGGAGUGCAGUUUUUUCCAACAACGCUACGAUGCUAGAGGUACACUCGGUUUCACUCCCUUACAAAAAUGCACGGCCGCACUUCGUCAGUUAGCAUAUGGCAUUCCGCCUGAUGCGUUAGACGAAAGUUUUAGGAUGUCUAUGAUUCAGUUUUAUGGUCCAAAAUAUUUACGUAAGCCUACACGUAAUGACAUCCUACAAUUGCAAGCUCAUCAUGCUAGUGUGCAUGGGUUUCCUGGAAUGCUAGGAAGCUUAGAUUGUCUCCAUUGGGCAUGGGAAAAUUGCCCUACAACAUAUCAUGGGCAAUUUACCUGA